AUGAUGUUAAUGGAAUUGGAGCAGGUGGACGGAAAACUUCGCUUAUUCGACAUUCGGGUCGGUAGUGGAGCAACAAUUUGUGCGGAAAUCGAACGCUAUGAAACACUUGGUUUGGCACCGUACACGCAGCCAUGGCAGGACAUGACCACUCUCUCUACGUUCGAACGACUAGUAACGCCAUUUGGAAGGCUGGCCUAUACUGGGCGAAUUCUAAGCAUCAAUGUCCAUACGAAAGAGGUCGAGUACAUGCGUCCAGAAGGUUGUCCGUUUGCAGUGCAGGAAGGGCGUGAACUCAGUGCCAUCAUAAGUGCACCACGUCUGAUGAAGCAGAUUUAUCGGAAUGGUCGCCUUUGGAUCGUUACCGAAAAAAUAGCACACAUGGGGGGAAAGCCGUCAGCCUCUGGACGAUAA